UGUCGCUGUUUUUUUCCUCAUCAUAUUCUUUUGCUGUCUUUAAGGUUGUCUGCCGGCACACUGUCGCAGUUCCAACAUCAUGUCUUCACGCGCCCCGGUCACCGUCCGGGAAGUUUGGGCACACAAUCUCGAAUCGGAAAUCCAAAUCAUCCAAAAUCUCGUCGACGCUUACUAUUACGUCUCCAUGGACACGGAGUUUCCCGGCGUAGUGUUCAAGACCCAAAGUUCAUUCAGAGCAGGGAAGCAGCGGCAGGGAUCCGCCUUGGAGCAGUACCGGCUGCUGAAACUGAACGUCGACGCAUUGAAUAUCAUUCAGAUCGGGCUGACCCUGUCCGACACGGAAGGGAACCUCCCCGACGUGGACGAAUCCGGCGGCCGGUACAUCUGGCAGUUCAACUUCUCCGACUUCGAUUUAGCGAGUGACCUCCACGCGCCGGACUCUGUCCUGCUCCUCCACGGCCACGGCAUCGACUUCAACCGGACCCGGGAGCUCGGGAUCGACUCGGCCCGGUUCGGGGAGCUGAUUAUGUCAUCCGGUUUGAUCUGCAAUGAGUGGGUGAGCUGGGUGACUUUCCACGGCGCGUACGACUUCGGCUACUUUGUGAAGAUUCUGAAGCAAUCGCCGCUGCCGGAUCGGUUGGAAGACUUUCUGGGAAAUCUGGGCGCGUUUUUCGGAAGCAGGGUGUAUGACGUCAAGUACCUGAUGAGAUUUUGUGAGCAGCUCUCCGGCGGGCUGGACCGGCUGGCCAAAUCACUGGACGUGGACCGGGUGGUAGGGCAGUGCCACCAGGCCGGUUCAGAUAGUCUCUUGACAUGGCAUGUCUUCCAAAAGAUGAGGGAUGUCUACUUUCACAAUGGUGGGAUGGAAAAGUUUAUUGGUGUGCUAUUUGGAUUAGAAUUCGAUUGAGCACAUAUAAUUGUAGUCGUAUUUGGAUUAUAUAUGUAGUAUUUUUUUUUUAAUUUUUUUGUUCUACUAAUAGUAGAAUGAUAGUGGUGGUGGAUGGCAAAAAAUCUUAUUUCACGCGUUAGUCACGCUUGGCAAAGUAGAACAUAGGUGUAUAUUACCGAGUUGUAAGGAGUAUUCCUUGUAGUGCCGCUGCUCAUGCAAGCUUCUCCGCCCCACACCGUCACCCCCACUCUGUCUCGUCACCCGCAGCAUUGUCCACAACCGCAUCCUCUACCCCCGACCAUAAUCCCUUGUCAUGUCGCCCAGUUUCACCCAUGUUGACCUUGCCAGCUCUUUGCCUAACUCCCUGUCUCCUUCAAUUCCGACAAUGCCAGAUCCUGUUUCCCUAGCCGAUGCACCACCCUCCCCUUCACAGUUGCUUGUUAAUGUCUAUCCUAUGCGUACCCGUGCUAAGGAUGACAUUUUUUAAACCCAAACCUAUUUUUAACAUGAGUGUGUUGUCUCCACCGGAUGAUCCUACUUGUUUUUCAUAGGAAAAUAAAUCUUUUGUUUGAUGGGCUGCCAUGAUUGAUGGGUUUAAUGCUUUAAUCAAUAAUAAAACUUGAGAUUUGGUAUCUUGGGACCACACUCAAAGUGUGAUCAGUUGUAAGUGGAUAUAUAAGACAAUGUAUCGGUGUGAUGGAUCUAUUGAGCGUCAUAAGACUUGUUUAGUUGCUAAGGGAUUUAAACAGCAGGCUGGGAUUGAUUUUACUGAAAC